AUGGACGUGGACGUGGACGUGGACGUGGACGUGGACGUGGACGUGGACGUGGACGUGGACGUGGACGUGGACGUGGACGUGGACGUGGACGUGGACGUGGACGUGGACGUGGACGUGGACGUGGACGUGGACGUGGACGUGGACGUGGACGUGGACGUGGACGUGGACGUGGACGUGGACGUGGACGUGGACGUGGACGUGGACGUGGACGUGGACGUGGACGUGGACGUGGACGUGGACGUGGACGUGGACGUGGACGUGGACGUGGACGUGGACGUGGACGUGGACGUGGACGUGGACGUGGACGUGGACGUGGACGUGGACGUGGACGUGGACGUGGACGUGGACGUGGACGUGGACGUGGACGUGGACGUGGACGUGGACGUGGACGUGGACGUGGACGUGGACGUGGACGUGGACGUGGACGUGGACGUGGACGUGGACGUGGACGUGGACGUGGACGUGGACGUGGACGUGGACGUGGACGUGGACGUGGACGUGGACGUGGACGUGGACGUGGACGUGGACGUGGACGUGGACGUGGACGUGGACGUGGACGUGGACGUGGACGUGGACGUGGACGUGGACGUGGACGUGGACGUGGACGUGGACGUGGACGUGGACGUGGACGUGGACGUGGACGUGGACGUGGACGUGGACGUGGACGUGGACGUGGACGUGGACGUGGACGUGGACGUGGACGUGGACGUGGACGUGGACGUGGACGUGGACGUGGACGUGGACGUGGACGUGGACGUGGACGUGGACGUGGACGUGGACGUGGACGUGGACGUGGACGUGGACGUGGACGUGGACGUGGACGUGGACGUGGACGUGGACGUGGACGUGGACGUGGACGUGGACGUGGACGUGGACGUGGACGUGGACGUGGACGUGGACGUGGACGUGGACGUGGACGUGGACGUGGACGUGGACGUGGACGUGGACGUGGACGUGGACGUGGACGUGGACGUGGACGUGGACGUGGACGUGGACGUGGACGUGGACGUGGACGUGGACGUGGACGUGGACGUGGACGUGGACGUGGACGUGGACGUGGACGUGGACGUGGACGUGGACGUGGACGUGGACGUGGACGUGGACGUGGACGUGGACGUGGACGUGGACGUGGACGUGGACGUGGACGUGGACGUGGACGUGGACGUGGACGUGGACGUGGACGUGGACGUGGACGUGGACGUGGACGUGGACGUGGACGUGGACGUGGACGUGGACGUGGACGUGGACGUGGACGUGGACGUGGACGUGGACGUGGACGUGGACGUGGACGUGGACGUGGACGUGGACGUGGACGUGGACGUGGACGUGGACGUGGACGUGGACGUGGACGUGGACGUGGACGUGGACGUGGACGUGGACGUGGACGUGGACGUGGACGUGGACGUGGACGUGGACGUGGACGUGGACGUGGACGUGGACGUGGACGUGGACGUGGACGUGGACGUGGACGUGGACGUGGACGUGGACGUGGACGUGGACGUGGACGUGGACGUGGACGUGGACGUGGACGUGGACGUGGACGUGGACGUGGACGUGGACGUGGACGUGGACGUGGACGUGGACGUGGACGUGGACGUGGACGUGGACGUGGACGUGGACGUGGACGUGGACGUGGACGUGGACGUGGACGUGGACGUGGACGUGGACGUGGACGUGGACGUGGACGUGGACGUGGACGUGGACGUGGACGUGGACGUGGACGUGGACGUGGACGUGGACGUGGACGUGGACGUGGACGUGGACGUGGACGUGGACGUGGACGUGGACGUGGACGUGGACGUGGACGUGGACGUGGACGUGGACGUGGACGUGGACGUGGACGUGGACGUGGACGUGGACGUGGACGUGGACGUGGACGUGGACGUGGACGUGGACGUGGACGUGGACGUGGACGUGGACGUGGACGUGGACGUGGACGUGGACGUGGACGUGGACGUGGACGUGGACGUGGACGUGGACGUGGACGUGGACGUGGACGUGGACGUGGACGUGGACGUGGACGUGGACGUGGACGUGGACGUGGACGUGGACGUGGACAUGGACGUGGACGUGGACGUGGACGUGGACGUGGACGUGGACGUGGACGUGGACGUGGACGUGGACGUGGACGUGGACGUGGACGUGGACGUGGACGUGGACGUGGACGACGUGGACGUGGACGUGGACGUGGACGUGGACGUGGACGUGGACGUGGACGUGGACGUGGACGUGGACGUGGACGUGGACGUGGACGUGGACGUGGACGUGGACGUGGACGUGGACGUGGACGUGGACGUGGACGUGGACGUGGACGUGGACGUGGACGUGGACGUGGACGUGGACGUGGACGUGACGUGGACGUGGACGUGGACGGACGUGGACGUGGACGUGGACGUGGACGUGGACGUGGACGUGGACGUGGACGUGGACGUGGACGUGGACGUGGACGUGGACGUGGACGUGGACGUGGACGUGGACGUGGACGUGGACGUGGACGUGGACGUGGACGUGGACGUGGACGUGGACGUGGACGUGGACGUGGACGUGACGUGGACGUGGACGUGGACGUGGACGUGGACGUGGACGUGGACGUGGACGUGGACGUGGACGUGGACGUGGACGUGGACGUGGACGUGGACGUGGACGUGGACGUGGACGUGGACGUGGACGUGGACGUGGACGUGGACGUGGACGUGGACGUGGACGUGGACGUGGACGUGGACGUGGACGUGGACGUGGACGUGGACGUGGACGUGGACGUGGACGUGGACGUGGACGUGGACGUGGACGUGGACGUGGACGUGGACGUGGACGUGGACGUGGACGUGGACGUGGACGUGGACGUGGACGUGGACGUGGACGUGGACGUGGACGUGGACGUGGACGUGGACGUGGACGUGGACGUGGACGUGGACGUGGACGUGGACGUGGACGUGGACGUGGACGUGGACGUGGACGUGGACGUGGACGUGGACGUGGACGUGGACGUGGACGUGGACGUGGACGUGGACGUGGACGUGGACGUGGACGUGGACGUGGACGUGGACGUGGACGUGGACGUGGACGUGGACGUGGACGUGGACGUGGACGUGGACGUGGACGUGGACGUGGACGUGGACGUGGACGUGGACGUGGACGUGGACGUGGACGUGGACGUGGACGUGGACGUGGACGUGGACGUGGACGUGGACGUGGACGUGGACGUGGACGUGGACGUGGACGUGGACGUGGACGUGGACGUGGACGUGGACGUGGACGUGGACGUGGACGUGGACGUGGACGUGGACGUGGACGUGGACGUGGACGUGGACGUGGACGUGGACGUGGACGUGGACGUGGACGUGGACGUGGACGUGGACGUGGACGUGGACGUGGACGUGGACGUGGACGUGGACGUGGACGUGGACGUGGACGUGGACGUGGACGUGGACGUGGACGUGGACGUGGACGUGGACGUGGACGUGGACGUGGACGUGGACGUGGACGUGGACGUGGACGUGGACGUGGACGUGGACGUGGACGUGGACGUGGACGUGGACGUGGACGUGGACGUGGACGUGGACGACGUGGACGUGGACGUGGACGUGGACGUGGACGUGGACGUGGACGUGGACGUGGACGUGGACGUGGACGUGGACGUGGACGUGGACGUGGACGUGGACGUGGACGUGGACGUGGACGUGGACGUGGACGUGGACGUGGACGUGGACGUGGACGUGGACGUGGACGUGGACGUGGACGUGGACGUGGACGUGGACGUGGACGUGGACGUGGAACGUGGACGUGGACGUGGACGUGGACGUGGACGUGGACGUGGACGUGGACGUGGACGUGGACGUGGACGUGGACGUGGACGUGGACGUGGACGUGGACGUGGACGUGGACGUGGACGUGGACGUGGACGUGGACGUGGACGUGGACGUGGACGUGGACGUGGACGUGGACGUGGACGUGGACGUGGACGUGGACGUGGACGUGGACGUGGACGUGGACGUGGACGUGGACGUGGACGUCGUGGACGUGGACGUGGACGUGGACGUGGACGUGGACGUGGACGUGGACGUGGACGUGGACGUGGACGUGGACGUGGACGUGGACGUGGACGUGGACGUGGACGUGGACGUGGACGUGGACGUGGACGUGGACGUGGACGUGGACGUGGACGUGGACGUGGACGUGGACGUGGACGUGGACGUGGACGUGGACGUGGACGUGGACGUGGACGUGGACGUGGACGUGGACGUGGACGUGGACGUGGACGUGGACGUGGACGUGGACGUGGACGUGGACGACGUGGACGUGGACGUGGACGUGGACGUGGACGUGGACGUGGACGUGGACGUGGACGUGGACGUGGACGUGGACGUGGACGUGGACGUGGACGUGGACGUGGACGUGGACGUGGACGUGGACGUGGACGUGGACGUGGACGUGGACGUGGACGUGGACGUGGACGUGGACGUGGACGUGGACGUGGACGUGGACGUGGACGUGGACGUGGACGUGGACGUGGACGUGGACGUGGACGUGGACGUGGACGUGGACGUGGACGUGGACGUGGACGUGGACGUGGACGUGGACGUGGACGUGGACGUGGACGUGGACGUGGACGUGGACGUGGACGUGGACGUGGACGUGGACGUGGACGUGGACGUGGACGUGGACGUGGACGUGGACGUGGACGUGGACGUGGACGUGGACGUGGACGUGGACGUGGACGUGGACGUGGACGUGGACGUGGACGUGGACGUGGACGUGGACGUGGACGUGGACGUGGACGUGGACGUGGACGUGGACGUGGACGUGGACGUGGACGUGGACGUGGACGUGGACGUGGACGUGGACGUGGACGUGGACGUGGACGUGGACGUGGACGUGGACGUGGACGUGGACGUGGACGUGGACGACGUGGACGUGGACGUGGACGUGGACGUGGACGUGGACGUGGACGUGGACGUGGACGUGGACGUGGACGUGGACGUGGACGUGGACGUGGACGUGGACGUGGACGUGGACGUGGACGUGGACGUGGACGUGGACGUGGACGUGGACGUGGACGUGGACGUGGACGUGGACGUGGACGUGGACGUGGACGUGGACGUGGACGUGGACGUGGACGUGGACGUGGACGUGGACGUGGACGUGGACGUGGACGUGGACGUGGACGUGGACGUGGACGUGGACGUGGACGUGGACGUGGACGUGGACGUGGACGUGGACGUGGACGUGGACGUGGACGUGGACGUGGACGUGGACGUGGACGUGGACGUGGACGUGGACGUGGACGUGGACGUGGACGUGGACGUGGACGUGGACGUGGACGUGGACGUGGACGUGGACGUGGACGUGGACGUGGACGUGGACGGACGUGGACGUGGACGUGGACGUGGACGUGGACGUGGACGUGGACGUGGACGUGGACGUGGACGUGGACGUGGACGUGGACGUGGACGUGGACGUGGACGUGGACGUGGACGUGGACGUGGACGUGGACGUGGACGUGGACACGUGGACGUGGACGUGGACGUGGACGUGGACGUGGACGUGGACGUGGACGUGGACGUGGACGUGGACGUGGACGUGGACGUGGACGUGGACGUGGACGUGGACGUGGACGUGGACGUGGACGUGGAUGGACGUGGACGUGGACGUGGACGUGGACGUGGACGUGGACGUGGACGUGGACGUGGACGUGGACGUGGACGUGGACGUGGACGUGGACGUGGACGUGGACGUGGACGUGGACGUGGACGUGGACGUGGACGUGGACGUGGACGUGGACGUGGACGUGGACGUGGACGUGGACGUGGACGUGGACGUGGACGUGGACGUGGACGUGGACGUGGACGUGGACGUGGACGUGGACGUGGACGUGGACGUGGACGUGGACGUGGACGUGGACGUGGACGUGGACGUGGACGUGGACGUGGACGUGGACGUGGACGUGACGUGGACGUGGACAUGGACGUGGACGUGGACGUGGACGUGGACGUGGACGUGGACGUGGACGUGGACGUGGACGUGGACGUGGACGUGGACGUGGACGUGGACGUGGACGUGGACGUGGACGUGGACGUGGACGUGGACGUGGACGUGGACGUGGACGUGGACGUGGACGUGGACGUGGACGUGGACGUGGACGUGGACGUGGACGUGGACGUGGACGUGGACGUGGACGUGGACGUGGACGUGGACGUGGACGUGGACGUGGACGUGGACGUGGACGUGGACGUGGACGUGGACGUGGACGUGGACGUGGACGUGGACGUGGACGUGGACGUGGACGUGGACGUGGACGUGGACGUGGACGUGGACGUGGACGUGGACGUGGACGUGGACGUGGACGUGGACACGUGGACGUGGACGUGGACGUGGACGUGGACGGACGUGGACGUGGACGUGGACGUGGACGUGGACGUGGACGUGGACGUGGACGUGGACGUGGACGUGGACGUGGACGUGGACGUGGACGUGGACGUGGACGUGGACGUGGACGUGGACGUGGACGUGGACGUGGACGUGGACGUGGACGUGGACGUGGACGUGGACGUGGACGUGGACAUGGACGUGGACGUGGACGUGGACGUGGACGUGGACGUGGACGUGGACGUGGACGUGGACGUGGACGUGGACGUGGACGUGGACGUGGACGUGGACGUGGACGUGGACGUGGACGUGGACGUGGACGUGGACGUGGACGUGGACGUGGACGUGGACGUGGACGUGGACGUGGACGUGGACGUGGACGUGGACGUGGACGUGGACGUGGACGUGGAGGACGUGGACGUGGACGUGGACGUGGACGUGGACGUGGACGUGGACGUGGACGUGGACGUGGACGUGGACGUGGACGUGGACGUGGACGUGGACGUGGACGUGGACGUGGACGUGGACGUGGACGUGGAUGGACGUGGACGUGGACGUGGACGUGGACGUGGACGUGGACGUGGACGUGGACGUGGACGUGGACGUGGACGUGGACGUGGACGUGGACGUGGACAUGGACGUGGACGUGGACGUGGACGUGGACGUGGACGUGGACGUGGACGUGGACGUGGACGUGGACGUGGACGUGGACGUGGACGUGGACGUGGACGUGGACGUGGACGUGGACGUGGACGUGGACGUGGACGUGGACGUGGACGUGGACGUGGACGUGGACGUGGACGUGGACGUGGACGUGGACGUGGACGUGGACGUGGACGUGGACGUGGACGUGGACGUGGACGUGGACGUGGACGUGGACGUGGACGUGGACGUGGACGUGGACGUGGACGUGACGUGGACGUGGAGGACGUGGACGUGGACAUGGACGUGGACGUGGACGUGGACGUGGACGUGGACGUGGACGUGGACGUGGACGUGGACGUGGACGUGGACGUGGACAUGGACGUGGACGUGGACGUGGACGUGGACGUGGACGUGGACGUGGACGCGUGGACGUGGACGUGGACGUGGACGUGGACGGGACGUGGACGUGGACGUGGACGUGGACGUGGACGUGGACGUGGACGUGGACGUGGACGUGGACGUGGACGGGACAUGGACGUGGACGUGGACGUGGACGUGGACGUGGACGUGGACGUGGACGUGGACGUGGACGUGGACGUGGACGUGGACGUGGACGUGGACGUGGACGUGGACGUGGACGUGGACGUGGACGUGGACGUGGACGUGGACGUGGACGUGGACGUGGACGGACGUGGACGUGGACGUGACGUGGACGUGGACGUGGACGUGGACGUGGACAUGGACGUGGACGUGGACGUGGACGUGGACGUGGACGUGGACGUGGACGUGGACGUGGACGUGGACGUGGACAUGGACGUGGACGUGGACCGGACGUGGACGUGGACGUGGACGUGGACGUGGACGUGGACGUGGACGUGGAGGACGUGGACGUGGAGACGUGGACGUGGACGUGGACAUGGACGUGGACGUGGACGUGGACGUGGACGUGGACGUGGACGUGACGUGGACGUGGACGUGGACGUGGACAUGGACGUGGACGUGGACGUGGACGUGGACGUGGACGUGGACGUGGACGUGGACGUGGACGUGGACGUGGACAUGGACGUGGACGUGGACGUGGACGUGGACGUGGACGUGGACGUGGACGUGGACGUGGACGUGGACGUGGACAUGGACGUGGACGUGGACGUGGACGUGGACGUGGACGUGGACGUGGACGUGGACGUGGACGUGGACGUGGACGUGGACGUGACUGACGUGGACGUGGUCGUGGACGUGGACGUGGACGUGGACGUGGACGUGACGUGGACGUGGACGUGGACGUGGACGUGGACGUGGACAUGGACGUGGACGGGACGUGGACGUGGACGUGGACGUGGACGUGGACGUGACGUGGACGUGGACGUGGACGUGGACGUGACGUGGACGUGGACGUGGACGUGGACGUGGACGUGGACGUGGACGUGGACGUGGACGUGGACGUGGACGUGGACGUGGACGUGGACGUGGACGUGGACGUGGACGUGGACGUGGACGUGGACGUGGACGUGGACGUGGACGUGGACGUGGACGUGGACGUGGACGUGGACGUGGACGUGGACGUGGACGGGACGUGGACGUGGACGUGGACGUGGACGUGGACGUGGACGUGGACGUGGACGUGACGUGGACGUGGACAUGGACGUGGACGUGGACGUGGACGUGGACGUGGACAUGGACGUGGACGUGGACGUGACGUGGACGUGGACGUGGACGUGGACGUGGACGUGGACGUGGACGUGGACGGACGUGGACGUGGACGUGGACAUGGACGUGGACGGACGUGGACGUGGACAUGGACGUGGACGUGGACGUGGACGUGGACGUGGACGUGGACGUGGACGUGGACGUGGACGUGGACGUGGACGUGGACGUGGACGUGGACGUGGACAUGACGUGGACGUGGACGUGGACGUGGACGUGGACGUGGACGUGGACGUGGACGUGGACGUGGACAUGGACGUGGACGUGGACGUGGACGUGGACGUGGACGUGGACGUGGACGUGGACGGGGACGUGGACGUGGACGUGGACGUGGACGUGGACGUGGACGUGGACGUGGACGUGGACGUGGACGUGGACGUGGACGUGGACAUGGACGUGGACGUGGACGUGGACGUGGACAUGGACGUGGACGUGGACGUGGACGUGGACUGGACGGACGUGGACGUGGACGUGGACGUGGACGUGGACGUGGACGUGGACGUGGACGUGGACGUGGACGUGGACGUGACGUGGACGUGGACGUGGACGUGGACGUGGACGUGGACGUGGACGUGGACGUGGACUGGACGUGGACGUGGACGUGGACAUGGACGUGGACGUGGACGUGGACGUGGACGUGGACGUGGACGUGGACGUGGAUGUGUUGACGUGUGGACGUGGACUUUGACGUGGACGUGGACGUGGACGUGGACGUGGACAUGGACGGACGUGGACGUGGACGUGGACGUGGACGUGGACGUGGACGUGGACGUGGACUGGACGUGGACGUGGACGUGGACGUGGACGUGGACGUGGACGUGGACGUGGACGUGGACGUGGACGUGGACGUGGACGUGGACGUGGACGUGGACGUGGACGUGGACGUGGACGUGGACGUGGACGUGGACGUGGACGUGGACGUGGACGUGGACGUGGACGUGGACGUGGACAUGGACGUGGACGUGGACAUGGACGUGGACGUGGACGUGGACGUGGACGUGGACGUGGACGUGGACGUGGACGUGGACGUGGACGUGGACGUGGACGUGGACGUGGACGUGGACUGGACGUGGACGUGGACGUGGACGUGGACGUGGACGUGGACGUGGACGUGGACGUGGACGUGGACGUGGACGUGGACGUGGACGUGGACGUGGACGUGGACGUGGACGUGGACGUGGACGUGGACGUGGACGUGGACAUGGACGUGGACGUGGACGUGGACGGGGACGUGGACGUGGACGUGGACGUGGACGUGGACGUGGACGUGGACGUGGACGUGGACGUGGACGUGGACGUGGACGUGGACGUGGACGUGGACGUGGACGUGGACGUGGACGUGGACAUGGACGUGGACGUGACGUGGACGUGGACGUGGACGUGGACGUGGACGUGGACGUGGACGUGGACGUGGACAUGGACGUGGACGUGGACGUGGACGUGGACGUGGACGUGGACGUGGACGUGGACGUGGACAUUGACGUGGACGUGGACGUGGACGUGGACGUGGACGUGGACGUGGACAUGGACGACGUGGACGUGGACGUGGACGUGGACGUGGACGUGGACGUGACGUGGACGUGGACGUGGACGGACGUGGACGUGGACGUGGACGUGGACAUGGACGUGGACGUGGACGUGGACGUGGACGUGGACGUGGACGUGGACGUGGACUGA